AUGUCAUUCAGAAGAAGAUCCGAUAUUAUUGGCGGAUCAAAAGCAAGUUCAAAUCUUCCAGGUAUAAGGCGAAAUCCUAGAGAUGGGAGUAUAGAUAUAUCUUCUAGAAGAGCUGGAAAACCACUGGUUUGUGAUGGUAAACCACCAUCGCAGGUCAGAUUUAAUCGAUAUCCUGCCAGUAUAAGUGCUUCUACGGUACCUAAAGGAAAAGUGGGUACAUUCGUGCAACAUCCAGGAAUUAGGCCAUCCAUAGUAACUUCCCUGCCUUGUACUUCAACCGGAUCUGAAGAUAUUGAUCGUAUUCUAGAACAUAAUGGAAUCCCGUUGGGGAGUUCCUUUCUUGUCGAGGAAGAUGGUGCUACUGAUUUUGGUAUUUCAUUACUCAGAUUAUUCUUAGCCCAGGGUGUUGUAUAUUCUCGUCUUCAACAACGAUCCCUCUCAAGGCAGUCCCGCACUCAUCAAAUAGUCAUCGGCGUUCCACAGCAAUGGAUUUCCAAUCUUCCUGGACUCUAUAAUGGAUCCUCAAGGCAGAAGAAGCAAGAGGAGUUGGAGAAAAAGCGAAAACAGGUCAGUGUUACAAACGUCCUCGAGGAGAAUCACGUUUCGCAGAUGAAAAUUGCUUGGAGAUAUGGUAUUCAACAGCAAAAAAUGCAGUCGAUAGCUUCAGCAUCGUCAAGAAUCAGCCCAGAAUUUAAUUCCUCUCGACAGUAUCCAAAUUAUUGUUCUCAGUUUGAUAUCACAUCCACACUUGUACCUGCAGCAAACCCUACAGAAGUUACCUGCAUUCCGUUCACACAAAAUAUAAAUUAUGAUGAUAUUCUAUUUCAGAUAGAUAGUGUGAUAUCUCAUAAGAAAGAUGCUUUGGUGAGAAUUGCUAUACCAUCAUUUUUGAAUCCGCUUCUUUAUUCGGAAGAGCUUACUCAGUCACGUAAUGUCAUAGCCUUUCUUUACGGAAUGAAGCGAAUCAUGCACAAGUAUAGAAAUCGAGUGGUGCUAAUGGCUACAUUGGGAUUGGAUCUUUACUCACGUGGCAAUCCGUUUGUAACCAUCUUGGAAUCGAAUUUCAUGGAUGCAGUGAUUGAACUUAAGCCGUUUGACCCGGACCUCAGAAGUUACCUUGAAAGAGUUUAUCGAAAGCAGCCGAUGAAAGUGAAACAUGGACACCUUAAUAUCUAUAAAAUACCACAAUUAAGCGAGCUUGGCCUUAUGAAGAUGAGUGAGUUAGAAUUAUGCUUUAAGAAUGGUAGAAAAAGGUUCGAUGUUGAACAAUGGAGCAUUCCGAUUGAUGAGGAGGAGACUAAGGAAAGGAAGCAGGUGGAUGGUCAAGGCCAAAAUGAAAAGGUGCAUGUCAAAUCGAAUUUCAAUUAUUCCUCACCUUCAAUGGAAUUUUAA